UGUAUUUUAUGUUAACCUAACCUCCAUACGAUCAAAAUAAACAAACAUAAUAUGCAUCAUGGCUAGUUAUAAAUUGAAGCAUCUUCCAAUUCUGGCAAGGACUCAAUUAAAUUAUUUGAAAAAUGGUGCAGCAUUUUCUACAAAUCCAGCACAAGUUGUUCAAGACCAAUUUCUGCAUUUUAGAACCACAGAAAAUAGCCCUAUUCUUCACACAAGGAAUCAUAUUGGUAAAUUCUAUACAAUGCAUCCAGAUAUAAAGAACAAAUUAUUCCUCAGUGGAGGCAUACCUAAAUCAUGGGAUAAUCAGAUGAAAGCUUUUUGUGAAACCUGUAUCAUGGUUCGAGAACCAGCUUUAGAAGUAAUGUCUUUUGUAAACAAAAUAAAUUAUUCUGAUCCAGCAAUUCGUUUUAUUAUAUUUGGAAGAGAUGGCUCAGGCAAGACUGCAACUUUGAUGCAUCUUUUACAUUUUGCUUAUGAAUCUGAGUUCCUUUUACUUCAUGUACCUUGGGUUUCCAACUGGACAAAAAGACCAAAAGAAGUUAUUGCAUCUCAGUUUGAAGAAGGUAGAAUUGAUCUGCCUGUGGAAUCAGCUAUAUGGCUUCAGCAUUUUAAAACUCAAAACUCACAACUCAUGGAAAAACUCAAUUUAAAAGCUACUCAAUCAUACACAUGGAGUAAAAGAGAAGUGACAGAACAAGGAGACUCUCUUAUGAACAUAGUUGAGCAUGGGAUACAAAGAGUGCGUCAUUCCUCAGAUUGUGUAGCAGCUCUUGUGAAAGAAAUUAAGCAGCAAGCACAAACUGGAAAAUUCAAAGUUAUGGUUAUAAUUGAUGGUGUAAAUGCUUUCUGGAACAAAACUAAUGUGAAAAGACCUGAUAGGUCAUUGGUUCCAGCUACUGAAAUAACAAUAACUCGUGCAUUUAUGAAACUAUUACAAAAUGAUUGGAAUAAUGCAGCAAUUAUAACAAGUGUAGAUAUUAUACCAUUUAACCGAAAUGCAACAAAGCAUGAUCCUUAUACACCACGUGCUUUACUAGGAAAAGAGGGUUUUGAAUAUAUGGAUCCCUUUAUUCCAAUUCAUGUAGAUAAAUAUACAGAUAAAGAAAUUCAUUCAGUUCUUGAUUAUUACUGUGACAGGCUUUGGAUACAGUCAGAGAGAGCGCAACAAGAAGAAGGGAGGAAACAGAUAAAAUUUUUAAGUGGCUACAAUCCAGCUGAAGUAAUGAGGCUCUGUAAUCCACUGUAAUUUCAUAAAUAAAAGACCAACACUAAAAGAAA